AUGGAACAAAGCGACCAUCUAAAAGCAGUGGGCAGUCAUCCUAUCCAUGCCUCUGUCGAUGAUAUUCGUGAUCUUGUUACUGCCACUGCAAAGCUUCAAGAACGCCAUAAUAUCCAACAGACCUAUCCUUUGCCACAAGAAACCCCGCUCCCAGAACCACGUCGCAUAGCAGAAGUCCUCGACUCGCUUGCUAAUCUCUGCGUCUCCAAGCCCCGCCAAGAAGUGCUAGCAACUGCUUUGAGAGUAGACGAUAGAACCAAAUGUGUGGAAUUAAUUCUCACGGGAAAUGAGGACAUUCAGGAUACAACAUGCAACCAUGUCAAGGAAAUUUGGGCGGGCUUGAAGCGUAUCUCCGCCCGUUUCCUUCAGUUACGACCACAAGACAUCCACGAUGAGGGACUAGAACGAGAGCAGAACAUCUUCGCUUAUAGCUGUCUGAACUUCCAUUUCGAGAAAUUGAAAAACCGCGUUAAUGCGCAGUUCGCUCUGUUUUGUGAUAUCGACACUGACAACCUUGACUCUGCGCAUCCGUUUCACAACCUUCGCCAAUCAAUCAUCACCAUCGAAGAGCUUUAUACUCGAGACGACGAUGCCAAAGUUGGAAGACCCUCCAACCCGGCCUCUUGGAAAACAAUGUUCAAGUGCCUCCGCAUUGCCAAGGACGAAACCGAAGAUUUUUGGGCAGGCGGAGGGUUUCGAUCUGACACUAGCAAAAAUACCUCCAUAGCAUACCCAUAUAUUGGACUAUCAGAAAUACCAUGCAUCGGUUGCCAGGCGUUUUUCGAAGCGAUCAAUGGGGUCUGCGGCACGAACUACAAGAUGCGGCCUUCAACUAGCAAAUCUACCAGGCCUUGGUUAUUCCCCCAUACCUGCCCUCAUAGUGUGUCUGUCAUUGAAAGAAUGUAUCAGAUCUUGGCUGUCGAUCUGAUAAAGUGGUAUCCUGGAUACCGACCAAAACCAGCCCAGUCAGAUCCAGUCCCAAAGCCGACAGUUCGUUUGUAA